UUCAAGGGUAAUUGUUCCUCGCCUCGCCUCAAAGACCGCACUUGUUUUGCGACUGCGGCAGUCUGAAGCUUGCAUUAGAAGAAACACAGGUUCCCUUCGCCUCAGUGUAAAAGUUGCAGGUACAGGAUUUACGGGAUGAAGCCAUUGGAAUGAAACACUCUGCGUCCUCCGACACAUUUUUUUUCACCUGCGGACCACAUGAACUGCACACGGACACGCGCCAAAGUUAAUGGAUCGAUGAUGGUUGGAGAUUAACUUGCAUCUUCAUCAGGCGUUUGCUUUAUUUUGUGGAAUAUAUGACACAUGACAAAGAUGCUGUCCAUCCUCACAAGAGUCGUGCUUUUCAAGAUACUGGCAGUUAUUGUCUUGCAAGCUGCUUCUAAUAACGGUAUCUUGGCGUCCCGCGCCUUGGUCCAAUCGGACUCAAAGGUGUUUGGCUCCCGGGGAUCCGCUGACUCACAGCUGUCUGAGACAGCAGAAGCAAAGUCCAGACAAAAGCGCUGCACCUGUUAUUCCUACAAGGAUAAAGAGUGCGUCUACUACUGCCACUUGGAUAUCAUCUGGAUCAACACCCCCGAGCGCACUGUGCCGUACGGAAUGUCGAGCUACAGAGGACGUCAGCGAAAACGACGUGGUGUUCAGCCGUCCCAACACGAGGGGGCAAAGACACCGCGCUGCCUUUGUGUUGUGACUGAUGCAGACUCGGAGUGUCGUGAUUUUUGUCUGUCAAGCUCCCUACAGAUCAUUCCAACCAGAAGUCGUCACAAAAUUCCUGGACUUGGAUGACAGUUUGAUGCACCUCCAUCUUCUUCUCUUCUUCUUGGGUGAAUGGACCCUUCAUUUCUUUCCGUUUGGCACUUUGCCUUCCCAGGUACGCACAGGGAAAGAACUGUGGAGUUUAACACUGCCGACAUUCCUCAGCAUCAUAACUCUUGGAGCAAGUUGGUUUCAAGAACUCAGAAACUUCAGCAAAUGCGAUACAGACCCCGGAGCCUAUCCCCUUUUUUUCCUAUCUGAGAGCCUCAUGAGGACAACUUUAACCACAGCAUAAUAGCCGGUGACCUUUUGUUAUGCAAGACUCAUUUAGACCGACCCUUUGCAUUCAUAUGUAGUUUUAUGAACUACCUUUGACUCAGUCUUUCAAAAUAAUGAGAUCGUAUCAAUGUAUAUGGGAAGACGGAUGCAUUUUCACAAAAAUGCUGUAGAGGGAAAAGCGCCAGGAGGAGCUAUGUAAAGCAGGAUGAAGCCAUGAUAUUUUUGAUGUUUUGCCUGAUACUUUGCCAUUAAAACACCAUUCCACAAUGGAGAAUGCCACUUGUGUUAUGAGGCAUAUUACUGAGCUUUGGUUUAUAAUGUUAUGUAGCCUGUAUGGAGGGCAUUUAAUUAUAUUAUUUGUAAACUGAAUCAUCGGUGAUAUUCAUCAAGGUUUCAUCUCAGUUCCACAGCAAACUCUGAUUAAUAACAACUUUAGAACCAGUGAACUGCUGGUGUAUAGCUAGGAUUCAUGUAAAAAAACAACUAUGCAAUGCAUCUUAUUAUAUCAUUACCCUUCAGCUGAGCAAUAAAUACAUUUAUUCAGUGUCCUCUAACAGAUUCUGAGCAAACAAACCUUGCUUAUUUAUUCUCUAAAAUGUUUGCACCUUUCAGAAUUUAGAGUAAAAGCAACAAAAAUAUUCUCACGGCAGAAAAUCUGCAGUUAGUAUAAACUAGAGAUUGCACGAUACCACUUUUUUAUGUCCGAUACCGAUACCGAUAUCAUAAAUUUGGAUAUCUGCCGAUACCGAUAUGAAUCCGAUAUAGUGUAUUUUGUAAUCAAUAAAACUGUU